GAUCUGCUUCUAGGCUCUGCAAAACUGCGAUCUGGAUUCCGGGGUAAUCUCCUUCUGUUCCACCCGGUAUAUAGCAUCUUGCCUAACCUCAAUUUCAAUUAUUUAAUUAAAUAUUAAUAAUUAUAUGAUGACACAAUAGUCCAGUCCCGUGCCUGAUAUGAAUUCGGUGGAUAUUUGCAAAGAUAUUAACGCUAUUUGGACUCGUUUGUUUGAUCAUAGAUUAUUUUUGCACGGUGAAAUACAAUUUACUCUUCGAGAAUAUGAGCAAAAACGUGGUGAUGUAGAAGUGGAUCAUCUGUUUACGUUGCUAGAAAAAAUAGCUGACAUAAAAGGGACACAAAUUAAUAGGCUGAAGGAGUCUGUAGAUUUUUCAUUGUUAGACGUCAAUGAUACAAUAAAAGAAGCCUUAAGCAUUUGUAACAUAAUUAAUGACUUAGAAUCAACUUAUCCACAGGAUUCUGCAACCGAACUCGCGAGAAAUAGCCGGAAAGUAGAAUGGGAAAAAUUUGUUGAUGAUAUGAGCGUUCACUGUGAAGAGGUAGAUACUACUUACGAACAAAAGCAAGAAGAGUUACAACAACUGUAUGUGGAUUUGCAAAAUAAAUUAGGGAUUAAUACAACAAAUCAAAAUGAAGGCAGCUCUUAAUAAUUCGUCAAUCACAAUCCUCCCUUCUGAAAA